AUGCCAACUCUUCACACCACCACUUCCCCCACUUCUUCAUCCACAUCUUCUUCACACGCAUCUUCCUCUACUCAUAACAUACCCACGAUAAAUAUCCAUCCAUCGCGACCACACCCAAACUUACCACCGCCUCCUCCACCAGAUCGUCUUCCACCCCCAAAAGGCCGCUCGCUCGGUGCGGCCUCUCGCAAAGGCUUGAAGCUGCGCAAAAAGGAUCGUGAACCUCUCACCAACAUCAUCGGGAAAGAGGGAGACGAGGAAGAGGGAUGGACGCUGGAAGGACAUGUCGCAAAUGGUCAACACCAGAGUGGUCGGCCAAGUGAAAGUUUGGACCGUCUUUCACCUAUGGAAAAAGAUCAACCGCUGUUCGACUCUCAACUGACCGAAGUACCUCCCAAAGAAAAGAGACCCUCUAAGGGACGAGCGUUGGUGAAGAAGACUUCGCAGCUCUUCUCAAGAGACAGGAACAGGGAUCGGUCGGGGGAAGGAGAUUCUUCCGGUGCUGUGACGCCGAAUAGUUUCACGUCCAUAAAUGCGCUUGAUCAAAGACAAACUUCGUAUUCUUCGGUGACAUCCAACGACUCGCAUUCCACUACCCACAGCUCUUUCCGUAUACCAGCAAAUCAACCUCGACCCACUUCUGGUGGAUCCAGAACGCGGUCGCCUCCCCCGCCUCCUCAUGCCGGCCAUGCUCGACGCCGUUCCCAUGAUUCACAGACAUCUUGGACGGCUACCUCAAUGUCUAUAAGAUCACGAUCAUCAUCCAUUCAAGAUUCCAACUUCGAACAACUUCAUCCAAUCCCUCAGAGACAAAUGUCAAGCUUCAGUGCGUCAGUUCCUACCUUGUCCCGACAAGCUCUUCCGCAGCCUGCGCCUCCUGGACAAAGAUCGACUGAAAAUUUCCCGACUCGCAUGUCCACCUGGUUCUCCCAUCUCCUUCCUUCGUCCUCCUCGUCCGCCGUCGCGGAUAGCUCGAGUGGGUCAGCCAAUGGAGGUCCAUCCGGUAAUCCUCCUUCUCCCGCUCGGAAACAACAAUCAGCCGCCGCAAGCUUCCUCAAUGCAGCAAGGCAAAAAGCUGUCGAUGGUGUGCGACAUCUUCUUGACUCUGAGGCCCAGCCAGACAAAUGCCCCGAUACGAUAUGGGUCUUGGGCGUGGGUCAUCCUGGCUGGCGACCAUCGACGCCGACCGGCCGUCCGCUACCUUUGCCCCCAGAUCCAUCUGUUGAGGAAAGACGGAUGAACUCUGGGACCUCAAACAAACUUUCUCCACACACCAAGCAUGAUGCUGGCUUACGACCCACGGCUUGGACGAGAAGGUCCAAGGACCCAACAUCCUCCACAUCUCCGCAGAAAUCAAUAACCAAUCUCUUUUCCUCUUCGACUUUAUCUCUGGCUCUUCCUUCUACCGGUUCACCGAGCAGAGAAGGAGAUCCGCCUUCGGAUAGCCCAGGGAAGGCGAAGAAAGAUAAGAAGGAAAGAGAGGUCCUGAGAUGGCCAGAUCAAUUCUAUGACGAUUUCAAGUCACGUGUGUGGUGUACAUAUCGCUCACAAUACGCACCAAUCCUGUACAUACCUCACGAACUCUUGAUUCCUACCCCUGAGGCGUACUACUCUGCAUUCGGUCCGCCAGCGGAUAUGACGGUAGACCUCUCUCGGCAAUCUUCCGCCACCCUUCCAUCUCUUCCUUCGCGACCAUCGACCUCCCCGUGGAAUUGGGCUCGGUCGGAGGAGAGAGGCUUGACGACGGAUGCCGGUUGGGGAUGCAUGCUGAGAACUGGGCAAAGCUUAUUGGCAAACGCCUUGAUACAUUUACAUCUCGGUCGAGAUUGGCGAGUGCCUUCCCAACCUCAAGUUCCACCGACCUCAGCGGCACACCUAGCCGAGCUCGAAGCUUAUAGCUCAUAUGUCCGGAUUUUGUCUUGGUUCCUGGACGAUCCGUCACCCUUGUGCCCUUUCAGUGUGCAUCGUAUUGCGCUCAUCGGUAAAGAAUUGGGCAAAGAGGUGGGGGAGUGGUUCGGACCCAGUACUGCAGCAGGAGCCCUGAAAACGCUGGUCAACUCGUUUCCUCCCUCUGGCAUGGCGGUCGCGACGGCCGUUGACAGUAUUGUCUACAAGUCUGAUGUGUAUUCCGCUUCCAACCUACAAUCCACCGGGUGGUCAGACGAGUCUGCACCGCCACGGCGCCAGUCGUCGUCCAGUCGCUCUUCGACUUCCUGGGGAAAUAGAGCCGUCCUCGUCCUUAUUGGUAUACGACUAGGAUUGGAUGGUGUCAAUCCUCUGUACUACGAAUCCAUCAAAGCUCUUUUCACCUUCCCUCAAUCUGUAGGGAUCGCAGGCGGAAGACCGUCUUCUUCAUAUUACUUUGUUGGGACACAAGCCAAUUCCUUGGUUUAUCUUGACCCUCACUUCACUCGUCCUGCGGUCCCGUUACAGGUUCCACCUGCUGCAUCCCCAAAAGUGGAGAUACCUAUCAAUCCUGACUAUUUGCCGGUGGAGGAUCAAGAAGAGGUGGUCAUUGUUGAUUCUCCCAGCAAAACAAUGUCCCCAGAUGCCAAGUACAAACUCGACGUUGUGGACGUGGACGAUAUGUCUGAUUCGGAGAGCGAUUCGUCCUCUCCUACUCAAGCGAGACAUCAACGGACUGUCCGACCUGCUCGACGGCUGAGUGUCAAUAAUCACAGUGACCCUUUACCAUCUGGAUUACCUCAAGCUAUCCCUACUUCAAACCGUGUUCACGAAACGUCCUCUGGUCUUGAAGACCCAUUCCUCGCGUCUGCCUCCACCCCACGAAAAGCUUCUCCAACAAGAGCUCCUACCUCUCCGCAACAGAAAUCGGAGUUGGCGGUCGAGCCUCAGGCGGCAUGGUACGCUACGGCAUACUCCAAGGCUCAACUGGGAACGUUCCACUGUGAUAAAGUUCGGAAAAUACCAUUAUCUGGCUUAGAUCCUAGCAUGUUGCUAGGAUUUGUAUGUAAAGAUGAAGCGGAUUUUGAAGAUUUCUGCUCUCGUGUCGCUCAGCUUCCUCAGAAGAUCUUCACGAUACAAGAAGAACCCCCUUGCUGGGGUGAAGGCGACGAUGCGGGUUUCGAAUCCGUUUCUUCUGGGCCUGAUGUAUCCGAACCAACUUUAUCAGACGAAGCGGAGGUGGCAGAGCUUUCAGAGGACAUUGCUGCCGCUCGACUCUCAGCCUCAUUCGACCCUCCCAAAGAAAUUGCCAACGGUGUCAAAGACAUGACCCUGCCUGAUCAGAAGAAAGAGGGGUUAACGAAAAAGGAAGAUCUGGAAGAUGAACCGACCAUAAUACCUUUACCCCCGCCCAUGAGUACAGGUAUGUUGGUCGAGAAACCAAGCAUGGGUUUCGGGGAAACUCAAGAGGAUCGGUCAGUGAAAGACAAGGGGAUGGGAGAAGAUGUGAAAAGACCACGAAUGACGAGAAAAAGGACGGAAUCUUGGGUCGACGCCAUGGUUGAAGAGUCUUAA